AUGAGCUCAAAUCGUGAAUUCCUGCACAGCUCCCGCCCCACACAUAAGCAACAGCAGAGUGAGGUUAGCCUGAAUAAAGCCAGACUUUCUCGAAAACGUCCGCCGAUAUCGCCCAGUACAAUAUUUGGUCAAAUCAAUAGCAACUUUCACAAGGAUUCUGUCUAUGGCUUUGGUGAUGUGCCCGGCACCGAAGCUGCCCUUGCAAAGCAUCACUCUGAGGCUGCGGUGGAGAACGGCAAAUGCCCUAAAUCAUCUAAAAAGAAGAAGCCUACAUCAGGACCAAUUUGUCAACUGAAGCCAACUGCGACGAACACUGAGGACGAGAAACCGGAUAAGCGUCAAAGACUUUUAGACUGGCUUAAAGCAAGCCAGGCUAAGCGGGAUGAGAACAAUAGACAGGUGUUUUCUCGGUGGAUAGAGAAAAUGGACAAUAUGAAGACACAGGUGCAGGAACAAAGUUCUUGUCCUACAUUCUACUGUGAUUACUUGCCUCUGCCUCAUGUACUAUACUCCGCGAUCAGCAACUGUCAAGAGGAGGCAAUCGGGACUCCUACGGUCUACCUUGGUGUUCCACCAUUCAUGUAUCAGCCCCAACCAGAACUGAUUGAUCCACAAUUAUUACAUAGCGCGGAGUGCUUCCUAAAAAGGCCUGACCAACUGGUGGAUGUGGGCUCCACAUCAGAAUGUGAGUAUUAUUUUCCUGAUAAUCCUGGACUCAUCUGUAAUCACGACUUCUAUGCUCAAACUUUUGGACCAAAGCCUCAAGGAGGAAGCGAAUCUACUCCAGAAACCUCAAGUGAGAAGCUUGAUCUUGCGUCCGUGGGCGCCGAGAAUCCAGUGUCUUAUGCGACACCCGGAACACCCAUUAUCCCGGCACCCGUGAACUACACAACUGCAGCCCCGAUAGUGUUCCCGAUUCCCUGCAUGCACUACUUUAACCACAGCUCAGAGGAGCCCAACAUCGUUGUUCCCAGCGGGGACGGAAUUGAUAACUCUGCUGCGUCGAUCCUCGGUUCGAAGCCUUCAUCGUCUCCGCUAUUAUUGCAGACUGACUUAAGGCAGAUGACGCAGGCCCCUCCAUCCUGUUCUUUCGUGAAGCACUCCAAACACCCAAUGGGCGAUAAUUUCUACCCUCCAAAUGAAAGUUUUAACGCAUCACCCUCAAUGCGUGACCUUGCACUCGUUUAUAAUCAUGCUAAUCCAGCCCUUAACUUUGAUAUGAUUCACUGGAACUCCCUGCUUGAUGAUAUUAGCAAUAAGGUGUCAGCCUCACCGCAGAACAUUGGAAAGCAGGCGAUUUUUCAAGAGAUGCUGCUUUCAGAAUUGAGUAAUGGCUUGAAAGGUGGGGUUCAAGAAGAGGAGAGAAAUUGA